AAUGAAGUCACCAUCAACACACUGUAACCCUCUCUGAACACCCAAUGGCCCCUGCUGAGCACUGCUCUGGCUGCUAUACGAGAGCGGUCCGAGGCCAUCUCACCCUCGGAUUUCGGCGCACGUUUUAAUACCCGCUACCCAGGCCCUGUUCAUAUUGGGUGAUUUGACCAUUUGUUUACUCUCUGAUAGUCGUCUACAGCGCGGUGUUCGCAUUGAAGGAUGGUCGUUAUGGACGUACAGACCGAUGACGAUGCGUAUCUGAGUGGCUCAGAGGCGGACCUGGAUUCUGGGUCCGAGUCUGACUCAGUCAACUCCUUGGAUCAGCAGCUGAACGGCAUUGGCUCUUUUGCAAUGUUGAGGAUGCCAUCCUUCUCAUGGCCAACCUCACGCAAGGAGCCGGACGUUGCUCUUGAAACGUUGUCAAGACGUGAACAGCUGGCCAACCUUAUCGACGAUUUGAAGAGUGGAUUCUCUUUGCAGAGCGCGCUGGAUAGGUUUCAGACCAUAAGAACGAUACUAGAGAGCCAGGUCGAUGAGGCAAUAGCCAAUAACGUUGAUACCACCGACGAUGAGCAGCAGGACGAGGCAGAGCCGUAUGUGAUCCAUAAGGCUACAGAGCCCAAGGAGACUCACUUGCUAGAUCAGGUGAUUAUACCGCAGGAUAAGAUACCCAAAAGGCGUAAGAGAAGGCAUACGCUCAAGGACAAUAACUUGACGAAGUUAACUGAAGGUCAAAAGAAGGACGAAACCCUGCUGAGAGAUCGGAUUAUGCAGAUUAGGGGACUUGAUGCUACUGAUGAGGUUAAAAACAGGCUUGUUCAAAAAUUGAUGAUGGGAGCUCAUUACGAUAAAGUGAAAUUCUUGGAUGAGAACGGUGAUGAAAUAUUCCACAUCAAUACGAAAACUGCUUCCAAGAGGAGUGAAGAUGUCGGGUCUGAACACUAUGAUGGGGAUGAUGGGGAUGAGCACGAUGAUGAUGAUCUUGUGCUGAUCAAUGAGGAUGAUAAGGAACCAACUUUCCACGAUGAUAAUGAAGAGACAUUUGGGUGCGCACACUAUCAGCGUCACUGUAAGAUGGAGUGUCCUACUUGUAAGCAAUGGUUUACAUGUCCCAAAUGCCACGAUGAACAGGUGUCUACUCACAAAUUCAAGAGGGAGAAGACUAGACAUGUCAUGUGUAUGCAUUGCUCCACUGUUCAACAUCCAUCGCAAUUCUGUGAAGCCUGUGAUGUACAGUUUGCGCAUUAUUUCUGUGACAAAUGUAAGCUAUAUGACGAUGAUGAGUUAAAAGAUAUCUACCACUGUGAUGACUGUGGCAUCUGUCGGUUAGGGCUAGGCCUUGGUCAAGACUUCUUCCACUGUCAAGGCUGUAAUGCGUGUCUUUCGAUUGAAUUGCAAGAUGAUCAUAAGUGUAUUGAACGUGCUACUCAAUCAGAUUGUCCAAUAUGUGGAGAAUACAUGUUCACAUCUACAAGACCAGUUGUUUUCAUGUUAUGUGGACAUGCAAUACAUCAAAGUUGUUUUGAUGAGCACUCAAAGCAUUCCUACAAGUGUCCAUCGUGUCAAAAGACUGUUUUGAAUAUGGAGGCACAGUUCAGAGUUCUAGACAUGGAGAUAUCUCUACAACCAUUACCAGAACCGUACUGCAAUUGGACAUGUGUGAUCACUUGUAACGAUUGUAAUGCGAAAUCGCAAUGUCGAUACCAUGUCCUUGGUCUGAAGUGUGACAAUUGCAAGAGCUACAACACCGUCCAACAGAAACUUGUCAAACCAGAGGAGAGUGAUUAUGAGAGUGAUAUCUCGACAACAACAAAUAGGUUAAGACAAGCACUGCCGAUGAGAAAUCUCAGAAACUUGCCCAUUAGCAGCCAUCUCUUGGGUACUAACUUUGCCAUUGAAAACGUUGCAAGUGGAGACGAAUCCCCUACACAUGAAGACCGUGUUUUAACAAUUCCGCAGCAGUUCUUGAGCAAUUUUGACAGUUACAUCAACAACAUGGAAGACUCGUCAGAUGAUGAGGAGGACGAUGAUGAUGUUGAUUUCCUAAGAGUGAACAGGGCUAUCAAAGACCGUAGGAAGAAGUUAGAAAAUUUUGGUGCCAACAUAGAAACACAUACGAGCAUUGACAACGAUGGUAUGGGGGCUGGUAUUGCCAGCGCAGUUAAGGACUUCUUGAUGAGCACCAGGGUUGGGCAAUUAAUCGACGAAGCUUAUGAUGAUAACGAAAUGACUGAUGAUGAGUUGAUGAUUAAUGGGUUUUGACACACGAAAUGCACGUUGUCGUUAAUAAAAGAUACAUAAGACCAACGCUUCAAUUAUAAGUACAUCAAUUAAACAUACAUAACGUGUGACACCAUGUUGGUGAAUCAUUUCUUUGUUCUUCUUCUGCCUUCAAAGCCUGCUCUUUUUGGUGCAAUUGAGGUUUUGAAU